AUGUCUUCAUCCCAGGGUGUCGUCACCGUCCCGUCUGCCUCCCUUCACGGCAAGGUAGCGCUCAUCACCGGUGCUGGCCGUGGUAUCGGACGAGGCUGCGCCAUCGAGCUCGGCAAGCGUGGUGCUAGCGUUGUCGUCAACUACGCCAACAGCAAGUCCUCCGCCGAUGAGGUCGUCAAGGCCAUCGAGGAGUCCGGCAGCGGUGCCAAGGCCAUCUCGAUCCAGGCCGAUGUGAGCAAGAAAUCCGAGAUCGAGCGUUUGUUUCAAGAGGCGAAGAAGCACUUUGGCAAGGUCGAUAUCGUCAUGAGCAACAGCGGUACCGAAUCAUGGGACAAGACUGAGGAGAUCACGGAGGAGAAGUACGACCACGUCUUCAACCUCAAUGCUCGCGCACAAUUCUUCGUUGGCCAGGCAGCGUGGAAGUACCUCGAGAACGACGGCCGUCUCAUCCUCAUGAGCUCCAUCGCCGCCGGUCUCCUUGGUGUCCACGACCACGUCCUCUACAACGCCUCCAAGAUGGCUGUCAUUGGUAUGAUCAAGGCCUUCGCCACUGACUUCGGUGCUCGUGGCAUCACUGUCAACGGUGUCGCUCCUGGUGGCAUCAAGUCCGACAUGUUCACUCAGAACGCAUGGCACUACAUCCCAGGUGGCACCCCAGACUGGCCCGCCGACAAGAUCGAGAAGCUCAUGGCCGACCACUGCCCACUCAAGCGCUGCGCUCUUCCCGAGGAUGUCGCUCGCGUUGUCGCUUUCCUUGCCUCCGGUGACGGUGGCUGGGUCAACGGCCAAGUCAUCACCAUCUCCGGUGGCUCUUCCCAGUAA